UCUACCAGAAAUGUCAAAUUAAAACUGCACAUGACCAGACAUUUUAACAGGGCCGUUUUCUACGAGGGUUUCUCCAUUCACAGAUGUGGAUUUGACUGUCGACCAUCACUACAUUAUCAUUGCCCCUACUGCAAAACUACAGUUUUACGAAGAAACGAUUUUGAAAGUCAUUUAAUUGUUUGUAAAGAAGCACAUCCUGAGAGUGUCCUUCGCUUGUGCACUAGCGCCAUGAGUAGCGCACUUGAUGACUCAAAGACAACAGAUGCAAGUAUGGACCACGAACUGUACACUGUACAGAGUCCCUCGGAGGACAUUAAGGAUGGCCCAGAUCAUGCAGAAUUCAUUUAUAAAAUGUCAAAUGAAGAAUUUGUUAGAUUCGUGAAGUUGCGUGUGACCAACGACUCACUUUUCACUGGAAAGAGAAAUUCUUCAACUCUGGCUUAUAGGGCCAUCUUGAAAGAGUUGGGUUUGCAAAGGGAAAUUUCUGCCAGCCAGGCCAGGCGGAAAUGGGAAAACCUUAAGAUGAAGUAUAAGGAAAUGAAGAAUCCCCCACCUGGCGUCUCGGUGAAUCCCACUAACUGGCCGUGGUUCUCCCUUAUGGACGACGCCAUGGAGGGUAGACUCGCAGGAAGUGAAGUCACUCUAGACACUUCUACUCUGGGCGAUGACAGCGAGUAUCGCCCGAACAACACCACACGCCGGAGAAGCAAGAGAGCGCGUGAUCUGGACAGAAGCGAGGUCGAGCUGUUCGUCGAAGAGGAUGACAUGAUGUCUGAAGAAAUGGGGCGAGACAGGGUAGAGCUUGACAGAGACAGGGAUGAGAUGGAGCACGAAAGGGCCAUCCUAGAGAGCGACAAAGCCGCUAUUGAAUACGAGAGGAUGGUCCUGGAGCGGGAGAAGAUGGUUUUAGAUCGAGAAAGAGCAGGAGUAGAACGAGAAAUCGCAGCAUUGGACCGAGACAGGGCCUCUCUGGAGAGAGACAAGGCCGCUGUGGAGAGAGACAGGGCCUCUGUGGAGUACAUCCGAGCUCAGCUGGAAAAGGAAAGAGCGAUUCUUGACAGAGAAAGGGCAAAGCUUGAACGAGAGCGAGCCAUUCUACAGCAGCAGCGUGGGACGGAAAAAGGGAAGCAGACAGCUAAUCUGAACGAUAGUACAGAAGGAACUGAUACCUCGAUUCCCUUAGUGAUGGAACCAGCUUCCUUAGAGAGGAGGCAGAAAUUCCUCAACCUGUUUGAAAAGCUCAUCGAGAACUUCUAAAAUGGAACUAACUGUUCUGAAUGGGACCCAUUAUGUAUAUGUCAUUUUUUUGUACACCUUCUGUUUGAAGUAAAACUGUUUUCUGUUGCCAGAA